AUGUUGAAAGGGUUACGGAAACGAGCUCUGAUACUUCUGCUUACUUCCAACUAUCUGCAGUCAAGCACUAAUUCUAAUGGAGAAACUAAUUUCGAUAGAGUAUUAAAUCAAGUUCAUGACUUUGAAAUAGCCUUACAAGCUAUGGAUUAUCUCUUAGAUGAUAGAACUCAAGAAGGUACUAAACUUUUAAAAGAUGAAGCAAAUGCAAGACAAGAAUCAGGAUCAGAUCAACCAGCUGGGAUAUUUCCUUUAGCUUUAGGAGUUAUGGAAUUCAUUGAAGCUACAUUAGGAUUUGAACCGGAAGUUAUGGAUAAAGCUAUGAAGACAUUAAAUGAAGCUGAAGCUGCUUCAUUAGCUAAUUCAAAAUAUAAUGUUAAAUAUAAUAUGGCUACUUCAUGUAUUUAUCCUCCAGGUACAGAAUUUCAAGUUACUUAUGCAGAACUGACUUUAUUAAAUGCUUUACUUAUGUUACUUAAAGAAAAUAAUGGAAUGGUAGAAGGGGCUAAAGCAUUAUUUAAAUUAAGAAGAGCUUAUCAAACUUUAGAUUCUAUCUAUAAGAAAAUAAAGGAUCUGGAAGGAGUAUUUAAUAAGAAUCUUGCUCGAGUUAAGAAAGAAUCUAUUGGAAGAAGUGUUAGUUCAGUAGAUUUACCAGGUUUUGAAGUUCCUUCUGCUACUAGUUCAUCUGCUUCAUUACCAGAAGAUCUUAGACUCAUGAAGAAUUUAGAAAAAGUAUACCAAAUGAGGAAAUCUAGAGUUGAAGGAACAAACAUUAAUCAAAUCCCUGAAAAUACUAUAGCUCCACCCAACUUAUUUGAAGGUUUAGAUUUGGAUCUGACUCGAACUGGUGAGUCAAUCACUUCUUCUGUAGGAAGUACUGGUAAUAACAAUUCUCCCAGUGCAGAUAAUCAUUUGCAUGUAUCUACUGUUGAUGAAUUCAUUCAUUCUGGUGUACAACUCUGUUUUGGAAUUCUUCAAGUAGUAUUAUCAUUGAUACCUCCUACCAUUGGGAAAGUUCUUUCUAUUGUUGGAUUUAGAGGAGAUAGAGAAACUGGUCUUAAAAUGCUUUGGAGAACUGCCAUUACCAGUCGUAAUAUUCAUGGAGAUUUGGCUCUUUUAUGUCUUUUGGUAUUUUAUGAUGGACCAGUCCAAUUUGUUGAUGUUGGAUUCCAAUUACCAGGUCAUGAGGAUUCAAAUGUCAAGCAUGUACUUAACAUUGAAUCCAAGACCACUAUCUCAGAACAAGACUUAUCUAAAGUUUUACAAAACCCUAAUCUUUAUACCCCUCAGUUACUUAAGAAAGUUAGACACUUAUUUCCUCAUAAUGCUCUUUGGUUACUGCAAGAAGGUAGAAUUCUUGCAUCUCAAGGUCAAUUACAUCGUGCUACAGCCAUGAUGCAAGAAUUCACUGAUGAUGAAUCUAGUAUUAUUAAUAUGCAACAAGUUGAAGCCCUUAUGAUUUUCGAUAGAGCUAUGCUUUAUAGUUUUCAACAUGAUUAUGUUAAGGCUGCUCGAGACUUUAUCUAUUUGAUUGAUAUAAACUCUUGGUCCAAAGGAGUAUAUUUAUAUAUGGCAGCUGCAUGUUAUUUGGAACAUUAUAGAGCAUUAAAGAUGGGAUUAGUUCAACCAGAUGAUACUAGCAGUCUUGAAGAAGAAUUAGCCAAGUAUGAGAAAUUAGCUUUUAAAUAUUUUGAAUUGGCUCCAACUUAUGUACCAGGCCAUGGAAUUAAUGCUUCACAAAAGAAGGGAGGUAUUGGAGGAAGUAGUAAGCAAAUGCCAUUUGAUAAAUUCUUAUUACGUAAGAUGAAACAUAUAGAAGGUCAAAAAUCUCAAUAUCCUAAUAUUGCCUAUGUAGAUUUAGUGGGUACUUCACUUAUUCAUGAACUUGUCUACUUUUGGAAUGGAUAUAAUAGAAUGGAUACUGAAGAUUUACAAAUAUCACUUAAAUUAUUAGGAUACUCAGGAGCUAUUGAUUCUGAAUAUUCUGCUAAUACUAAAGAUCAUAAUUAUGCUAAAAUUAAUGAAAUAGAAGAUGAAGCUCAUAUUCGAUUCUUUUUACAAGCUUUGGUACUAAGACUGUUGGGGGAAGUUGAACAAGGUCAAACUCUUAUAGAUACCAAACUUUGUCCAGCUAUUAUUGUUCAAGAUUUCCCACAAUUCAGAUUUCAUAAACUGAUUUACAGUCCUUAUUUAUAUCCUACAGUUAUGUAUGAAAAGGCCAUGUUUACUUGGAUGUUGCAUAGUAAAGUUUCUGAUCGGGCAUCACUUCGUUUAGCCGUAGCUGAAAGUAAAGGUUGGUUAAAGAGAGCUGAACAUGUAGGAGAAGGAGAUUAUGAACUUAGUAAUCGUACAGGAAUGAGAAUUAAAGCAGCAGGAGAUCGAUUAGAUCAACUAGGCAAAUCCAUUAAUAUAUAA